AAGGUAAGGUUACAAGUACUAUGUACCAGUAUGGUAUCAUCUCCCCGACCAGCCUGGGCAGUGCCAGUAUUAAUGCCAGCAACCCCAAUCUGCAAAUGCCAUAAUAGCCACUGCACUCCGUAACCUUUCUUCACUUUGCUUGCGCCUUAUCCCCUCCUUUCCUCACUAACAUCAUACCACCGUACCGCCAUCCCAGGAAACAAACCCUAGCGGAACAGAACAUCACCAGCAAGAAAGCAGAAUGUCGACAGCCUCCACCUCCGCGGAUCGGCGUCCAUUCCCACUCCGCCGCACCUCCUCUACCGCCUCCUCGUGGUCACGUUCAUCCUCACGCUCACCCUCCCCGCCAGCCUCCUCAUCUCGAGGAAGAACUUACACACCCAAACCCUUCGACAUCCCGGUCUACUUCUACCCCUCAGGCAUCUACUCCCUCUCCGCAAUCGCAAUCCGGGCAUUCCUCCUGGGCACCACCUUCGCCUCCUCCUUCCUGCUCGCGUACCUCCUCCGAAGCACGUACCCGCAACUCCCACUCUUCGUCACCGCCCUCUCACUCUUCCACUUCCUAGAGUUCUGGACCACGGCAGAGUAUAAUACGCGGAAAGCAAAGGUUAGCUCGUACCUGCUUACGAACAAUGGCAUGGCGUACAACCUGGCGCAUACGGCGGCGUUUACGGAAGGGCUCCUGGAGUGGUUGGUUUGGGGGAGGGGGGAGGGGUGGAAGGGAGAAUGGGCGAGUGGGAGGUUGUGGAUUGUGGGUGUGGUAUUGAUUCUGGGCGGGCAGGUUGCCAGGAGCCUUGCUAUGGUCCAUGCCGGGACGAACUUUAGCCAUCUCGUGGCGUACAGGAAGGAGGAGGGCCAUGUUUUGGUCAAGAGUGGGAUUUUCAGGUUUGUUCUUAUAGUUCUUCCUUUUUUUUCUUUUUUCCUUUUUUCCCUAUGCUGAUGGGAACAGGUAUCUUCGACAUCCCUCAUACUUCGGCUUCUUCUGGUGGGGACUGGGAACGCAGAUCAUGCUUGGAAACCCGGUUUGCUUCGUGGGCUACACUCUCGUGCUCUGGAAAUUCUUUAGUCAUCGAAUCCGUGGGGAGGAGGAGCUGUUGGUGGAGUUCUUUGAGGAUGAGUAUCUGGAGUACAGAGCUAGGACGCGGACGUUUAUCCCGUUUAUCCAGUGAUCGGCUCCUGUUCUUCUUGGAGGUGGUGACUUUGUUUUUCUUAUUCGAAAUUGCCAGCUAUUUAGGUAAGGAGUCGACACACAACAACUCUACGGGUGGUAUCGUGGGUUCGCUUGUGAUGUAAAACUUCAGCGUAAUUGGGGGGGGAAGCAAUCAUGUCAUAGAAUGGGCGGAGGAAGGGAUGAUGAGAACCCUUUUUGUACUGUACACGAAUGAUUAUAGUGCCUAAC